CUCUUUCUCUCUUUAUGUAUUCAGAAUUCAGAUUCUGUUUGUGCAUUCGAGUACAAGCAUAUUCAAAAAUCGAACCCUUGUUUCACUUGAAAGUCGGAUUUGUAGGGCUUUCGGUUUGUAAUGGUGGAACCAAUGAGUGGUGAUGAAGAUCACGGUGGCUCUGAGGGGGAAUUUCUGUUAAAGGAGAUAAAUAUCGGCGGCGGCGGCGGUAGUGGAGGUAACGGUGGUCGUGACGUGUCAUGGCGGUUGAACUUCGACGGGUUUCAGUUCUCGUCGGAACAUAAAGAGAAGCCUCCUCGAGGUUUCCAUGACUGCCUUGGGGUUUUAGGUCCAGAAGACAAUGUAGCAGAGUAUUACCAACAACAAGUAGAGAUGCUGGAGGGCUUUACUGAAAUGGAUGUAUUAGCAGAACGUGGCUUUGUACCUCGUUUAUCUGAGGAAGAGAAAGCAUGUUUAGCAAGAAGGGAGACACUUGCCAUAAGAAUAUCAAACAUUGCAAACAUGAUUCUUUUUAUUGCAAAAGUUUAUGCAUCAAUUAAAAGUGGUUCAUUAGCCAUAAUUGCAUCCACAUUGGACUCCCUUCUUGAUCUUUUAUCAGGAUUUAUCCUCUGGUUUACAGCCUUCUCAAUGCAAACUCCAAACCCUUAUCAAUACCCAAUUGGAAAAAGACGAAUGCAGCCUUUGGGAAUUCUUGUGUUUGCAUCUGUCAUGGCAACACUUGGACUACAGAUAAUCUUGGAAUCUGUACGCACAUUAGCAUCUAAUGAAAAAGAUUUCAACUUGACAAGAGAACAAGAGCAAUGGGUUGUUGGGAUUAUGCUAUCUGUGACAUUGGUGAAACUUGUUCUAUGUAUAUAUUGCAGAUCAUUCACCAAUGAGAUUGUGAAAGCAUAUGCUCAAGAUCACUUCUUUGAUGUUGUCACUAAUCUAAUUGGAUUAAUAGCUGUUCUUCUUGCUAAUUAUAUCAGUGAUUGGAUGGAUCCUGUUGGAGCUAUAAUUCUGGCGCUUUAUACUAUUCGGACAUGGUCACUAACAGUAUUGGAGAAUGUAAAUUCCUUAGUGGGAAAAUCAGCUGCACCUGAAUAUCUACAAAAGUUAACUUACUUAUGUUGGAAUCAUCAUAAGUCUAUAAAACAUAUUGAUACUGUAAGGGCGUAUACUUUUGGAUCACAUUACUUUGUUGAGGUGGAUAUUGUUCUACCAUCUGAUAUGCCUCUACAAAUAGCUCAUGAUAUUGGGGAAUCUUUACAAGAGAAGCUUGAGCUUUUGCCUGAUAUAGAACGUGCUUUUGUUCAUCUUGAUUAUGAGUUUUCACAUAAACCCGAACAUGCACAAACACAUCUUUAAACAUGGGGUAUGACACUAUGACAAUGAGUUCUUCUUGUUGAUUCUUUUGGGCAUGUGAAAGGGAAACAUGAUGGAGUGUGUUUGGUAGUUAAUGGUUCAUGAAGUGUGUGUAAUGCUACAGUUGUUGUUCCUACUGAUUUCUUUAUGAUUAUUGUGAAAGUAGAUAAUCACAUUCUAACCAUAUUCUUUCUUCUCAACAUGUAAAUGGCU